GAAGGCAUGCUGUGCUGCCUUCCCAAACUGAAGGCAGGAGCCGCAUGUCUGUGAAACUGCUUAAACGUGUACGAACAUUUUGCUGGGUAACUGCCAGCAAUGUUGGUAAUUUCGACCAGAGGAAGAUGAUGGGGGUGUGGUGGUAGGAGUGGGUGGGACCGCUGGGUGUUACUGAGACCUUUGCUUGCAAAGGGCUUGACAAACACCCGCAAUGGGAUGGGGCAAAGCAGAUAUGUACCUUUAAGUACGGGCUGGGUAGCGGGAGAUUAAUCACUCCCCUGGGACAAACCCAAGAGGUUUCCAGCAGGCUCUGUUUGACCGGCCCUUGUUAGAGCUUUUGCAUGUAGAUGUGUGUCUGCCAGAGAUCUUGGCUCGUUGUGGGGGCGGAAACGAAGACUUUUUUCUCACUGCUGCUGUGUUGUCUUUUUUUUCUUGUAGGUGUGUGAUGUCAAAGAGUGGGCAGUCCUUGCGGCCUCCCCUGCCAGCCUGCAGCAUCAUGUGCCAGUAUGAAUAUUAAGAAAGAAAAGCGUACUUCAGAGCUCAUCAUCCCAGAAAGAAAAAAGGAGGAACUAAACAGAGAGAAAAAAUGACUGUACUGCUUGCAAAACUUGGGGCCGUUCACUUUUUCUCCUGAGAAAUUUCAUCUUGGCCUUUGUGAGAGAGCUGAAAGAGCAGGCAGAGCAGCCGCAGUGAUUUUCUUAGAGUCCUUUUUUUCUUUCUUAAUUUAAUUUUUCCCCCUCGUGCCUGGAUUUUAAGACUAUCAGCUGUACUGAUCAGAAGCACUGAACAUCAAUAUGUGUCAUGUCAUUGUAACAUGUCGGUCGAUGCUGUGGACUCUCCUGAGUAUUGUGGUGGCUUUCGCAGAGCUCAUUGCCUUCAUGAGCGCAGACUGGCUGAUUGGCAAAGCAAAGCCUUCAAGUUCUGAGGAUGUGGACAACAGAACAGGGGGGUCGCAGGAGCCUUUCUAUCCGACGCUGGGCAUCUACGGGCGCUGCACCAGAAUCUCCCACAUGCAGCUUUCUAGACGAGACACGCUUUGUGGUCCUUACGCCGAAAACUUCAAUGAGAUUGCCAGUGGGUUCUGGCAGGCAACCGCUAUUUUCCUAGCCGUGGGAAUCAUGAUUCUCUGUGCCGUGGCAUUUGUGUCUAUCUUUACUAUGUGUGUGCAGAGUAUUAUGAAGAAAAGCAUUUUUAAUGUCUGUGGGCUGCUACAAGGGAUUGCAGGCCUCUUCCUUAUCUUAGGCUUGAUACUUUACCCUGCAGGUUGGGGAUGCCAGAAAGCAAUAAGCUAUUGUGGACCUUAUGCUUCUGCUUACAAACUUGGAGACUGCUCCUUGGGCUGGGCUUUCUACACAGCUAUUGGUGGCACUAUUCUGACGUUCAUCUGUGCAGUCUUCUCGGCGCAAGCUGAAAUAGCCACAUCCAGUGACAAAGUGCAAGAAGAAAUAGAAGAAGGAAAAAACCUUAUCUGUCUCCUUUAACUCCAGUGGGGAAAAAAUACCAGUGCCUGGGUCUUAAUCUGCUUUCCAUUGUCUGGACAAGCAGAUCUGCUUACCUGUUUCUACCAUUUGUGUGAUUGAGCCCCAUGCGUUCCAGCCCCGAACUACUGAAAUGGUCUUUCUUCUUUGCUGGAAAAUGAGGAUCACAGAAAGGAUCCCAAGAAAGCAGAAUGUAAAUACUUGGGGAUUUUUUUAGUUUCACUCUAUGAUCAGGACACAGUGGAAUAUAUUAAUCUGACUGGGGAGGUGAGGAAUCUUGUGUAUAUAGCAGGAAUGUUGUUGUUAUAACUGACAAAUUCUGAUUGAUCAGAUUGCCUUACCCACCUUGGUCACUUUGAAGAAUUUGGAUUUAAAAUAAUAAAAGCCAGCACAUUAUUAUUCUUUUUUCUUACACAAGAGAAGCCUAUUUUAAUUAGGCUUUGUUUCCAAGGGCUCCCCUCACCUGUGAGUAUUUCACCACCACCUGGUUUGGUACCAUAAUUUUCAUUGAGGUGCUUUUUGAUACUGAACUUCCUUAAAGUACAGUGCCUUCUCGGAUAGUAAGUAUAUGUCGGAGAUAGCAAAGCUGAUGUGACGCAGUUUACACCAAACUUUAAGCAUUUAAAAAGUUGAGUCCUUGCCAGGUUUCUUGACUUGAAACCUAUAGUGCAAGGGGUGUGCCACUUGUUAUUAGCAGACAAAUGAUUUUAUUUCCAUUGACUAGAUAGAGAAGCUGUUGUUACACUGGCUUUCACCUGAUUCGGAUAAAAUUGUUUGAAGAAACCAUUGUUAGAAGUAUUUCUACAGACUUUAUUAAAUAAACUCCUGAAAUCCUAAGCAGAUGACAACUCCCCACAGCACAGCUGGGCAUUAUCUUGUGAAUGCCAACAGCCUGGCCUGGGCUGUAGCCUCUCCUACAAAUGUAGAUCACAUGUUGGACUUCACCAGUAUUAAUCUUUCUCUUGCCAGUGAAACCUCAUUCGUAGUCUACAGAUCAGUCAGUCUCAUGACCCACAGUCACAUGAGUCCUUAAGAAAUUUAAAUUUUUCGGGAAGUCUUGCCAAAUUCUACAUGGCUGGGAAGACCUUUUCCUUUUUUUUUUAAACUGAACGUAGUAUGGGCCCUUUUCCCAUUAAAUCAGCAGAAAUAAAACAGACCUUGUCACAAAUGACAUUCCUUUCUCAAAGGCAGUUUGUUGUACUGCUUGUGGUGUUGCGUCACUUACUAGAACUACUUCUGAGAACAAAUUUAGGAGGUAUUUUAAAAAACAAAGGAAUGAUGCAACUGUGCCAUAGGAGCAUUGGGGAUAAUUAAUCUGAGAAGCAGUUCUAAUGAAAUACUAAGUGAAUUUUAGACUCCUUUUCUUCCUUCUUGGUAGUUCAACAUCGUCCAAUGACGGUGUUGCUCUCCAUCACUUCACUGUAUAAUAUGGAGCAGAGAUUCUUGUUUAUGCCUGGUCAGUCCCUUGAAGUGUGCCAUUUUUUAUUUGUAGGUAUUAAAAAAUCAUCAUUACUGUACAGGUAGAUAGCAAUUUCAAUACACUGCUCAAGUCAUUUGCAAUACAAGAGCUGUUCAGCAGUCACGACUGCAAGCCCAGGGCUAGCCUCCAGCACAGAUGAACACUAGCAGUCGCGGUGUUGGAGCACCCCUCCGGUGCCUGCCGUGCAGCUCGGACACUGUCUCGGCCCAGCCCAUCUGUGGAGUGGGCCAGGCCCAGCUCCCAGCCUGCGCCUGCCCGUGUGCAGGGCACCUUCAAGCCACGUGCCAGAUAGAUACAGAGGUGAUUGCUGAGCUGCUGUGCAACAAACAAGGUCAACUUCUGCCAAUAUUAAAAAGGGAUUGGUUUAAUCUUCUUAUGUUUGGCUGCUCCUGCAACCCACGUCCACCAUAUUCUAGUUUAAAACGGGUAAUUCACUUUUAAGUAUUUAAUUUAAAAAAAACCCAAAAGCUAUGGUCUAGAAACAUUUCUGCCAACUGCCUGCACAAAGCAAGACUUUAGCAAAUCAAAACUACUAGCACAACGUGGUGUCUGAGGACAAAAAUCACAGCCAGCAUGUCCUGUCCACACCUGCAUUUUCCUCCUGUUUUUUUUCUGUACGCACAAACAUACCAUCUGACAGGCAUGCCCUCGGCUUGCACCUCGGGUCCAGUGCAGUGGCGAGGCAGCUGCAACAAUCCUGCCGACCUUCCUCCCAAGCCCCCCUGCUGCAGCGUGUGCCACAGAGGCUGGCCCACCACCUCACCAGUGCAACUGGAAGCGGAGGGGAGGGCAGGGCUAGGAAGAAUAAGAGUAGACUAUAAAUCAGCUAAAAAUGAAUGAUUAAAUAGAUUUAGUUUUAGCUUUUCUUAGGUGGGUAGCAAUCCAAUGUCCACGUCACCACUGCCAACAAAUCUUGACACUGUAUUAGGGUGACAAAUGCUGCUUUGGCUUGGGCACUUGAUUAGUGAGAAUAAGGUCAGUUCUUCCAAAAGGUGUAGAGGGCAUAUGCUACUUUGGCUUAGAAGUAAACAAUGACCAAGCUUCAUUUACUUUACUAGCUGACCUCUGCUGUGAUGUACAGAACACAAAAAAUUUUAGUAGUGCAGUUUUUAAUUACAAAGGAGGUAUUUUCAGUGCCAUGUUUUGCUUUUGUUUGCAUUUGUAACCAAGAAGAACCAGCUUUUCUGCUUGUUGCUGGUAUACUAUCAACUUGCUCUGCAACAAUAUAAUCAAUGUAACUUGCAAGAAUAUCCAUGUUCAUCACAUAGCACAGACAGAAGACAGGCUGGGAAGAAAUACAGAAAAAAAAAAAAUCAGAAUUUCUUUUCUCAGGGUUCUGUUUUUCUAGCAAGUGAUAAGAUGGUAUGUAUUGCAGUUUUUUUUUUUUUUUUUUCUGAAUGAGGUUUUCAGGUGUAGGGUGCACUCAUUAAAUUGGACAGCUGUUUAAAGUUGUUCCUGAAGUUCACCUCAGCAGAAGCUUUCAAGGAUAUUUUGCAAAAAAAUAAAAAAGAGAAAUCAGCCUAAAGCUAAUUUAAUUAAUUUCAUGAGGGGGCUGCAGAGUAUAACUGCUUCUUAAUGUACAUGUACUGCAUAGGAUCUAGAAGAAUUUGCUGUGGAUUCUUUAAAAAACCUGUGUGCCAAUUAGUUCAGUUUGUUUUUGUGGUAUUGAAGAAUUCUUCAAACAUCUGUGGUUUUAUCAACUUCGUAAACUUGUAUUCUGUAAAGUGCCAUAGGCCUUUUUUUUCUUAAAAUUGUAGCAUAUUUAAAAAAAAAUAUAUAUAUAUACACAAACUUGUGUGAGAUGUGCAAUACCAGGAAUGGGGUUUGUUGUGGUUUUUUUUUUCCUUCGUUUUGCUUUUAAACAAGAUAUUUGAAGAGGGACGUCCCAGGGAAGAAGUGGCUGGAGUUUUGGUGGUGUGGACAAACUAAAGCAUAGAGUAAUGCAAUAGAAUCACUGAUUUUUGAAGAUGAUUAACACAACAGCAGUAACAGCAGCAACAGCAGCUGAAAGAUUUAACAAAAAUCUUUUCCAGAUUGAUUUGAAGUACUCAGAGCUAUGUAAUACAGGCAAUUCAAAUAUGAAGCUGUGUCCAUCUCUGGUAACAUACAAUCUAAAAGCCAAAAAGGCUCAGCAAGGUUUCUUCAUGUGCUUUAUUUAUAAUGUGGCACCGCAAAAAACAUUGCUACUGAGCUAUUUCUGGUUUGUCUAUAUCACCAUUGUGUCUAUUUUACUCAAUAAAGUUCUCUGGAUUCUGAGAUUUUUUUUCAGCCAAAUCAUUUCUAUUUUGCAUUGUUAACCCACAUCAGAGUAUCUCACGUCCUAGUGCUAAACGGAGAGAAGUUCAAGUCUUCCUUGAAAUCAGUGGGCGCUGGUGCCUACCUCAAGGAAAGGACAGAGCCCAACAAAAGCAGAGCAUGGCAGCAAGGUAUAGACCACAGCUGCUUUGUAUAGGAAGAGCAGCUGUGGCAAUCCAGCUAGAGUAGAUUUUGAGCCAUGGUUUAUUUGUGGUACUGUUUUUCUGUUCUUGAGUCACCACUAUGUAUAUUUGUUAGCAUGAAUGAUGUACCUAAUGUGUUAUUUUUAAUCUAAAUUUCAAUUAAAAUGUGCGUUUUCAAACUUUAA